AUGGAGGAAUACGUUACCCGCGGCGUGUGCGGGCAGGACGGAUGUCUUGAGACGCGGUAUAUUUUGGAAAAUGGGCUGUGGUUUUGUCGGGGGGGCCAUCAGCAGGAGGGCCGGCAAGAAAUCGUCGACGACGAUGAUUUCGGUCAACAGGGCAAGGUCAUUCGGCAGAAGAAGGUUCGGGAGGAGAGGGCGUCCAGGACCUACCAUGGCGCCCAAGCCUUCCAGCUCUUCCUAGAAGCAUACCAGCUCGUCCUCUGGAAACAAUGCCACGCCCUGAUACACGACAAGGGGAUGCCGGCGGAACUUGAGCCCCUCGUUAAGGAUCUCUGGUCCCUCCGUCUGCCCCAGCUCUACAGCUGCAGCCGAGAUCGGUAUGGCUAUGCAUCAGCCUCCGACCAUGGCCAGGAUGGCGAGAGCGGUCAAACAGAGGUAUUCAGUUCGCAGGCUGCAGGCACAGGCACAGGCACAGGCACGGGCACGGGCACAGGCACGGAUGCAGACAGGGAGGGGGAGGAAGAGGUCGAAGAGGAGACGGCCUAUCAGCGGCGCCGCAUGCUGGAGUCGCCGAAGCUGAUUGACUCGCUGGCGCUGUGCUACUUGGGCGUGCUGUUGUUGAGGGUGCCGCUGGGGCUUGGGAGGGUGGAGAGAUGGAUCCUGAACGACGAAAUACCCCUGAUCAGAGCGAUCAGGUUUAUACCGCAGGAUAUGAAGGAUCGGUUGCCGGCGGCGUAUCAUUUUGCGCUGGAUACGAAGAACGUGCCAACGGGCUACCAACUCCACCGCGCCAUCGCGGAUCUAGGAGCCUUUUACCACAAAGAAUUCGGCGUGGAGAUCCCGCCGCUCAACGCACCGCUUAUGCUGCUUACAUACAUCAAACAGCUCUCAUUACCACUCGAGCCUUUCCCCCCCGUCCUAAAUCGGCUACAGCAACUAGCUGGCUACAGCUUCAGCUACUCAUCCCCCAUUUCAUACAGCACAACCACAUCUGCCAGAAGAAAAUGUAAGCGGAAAUUCCACCGCAACCACCUCCCGGAAGUCCAGCUCGUAUCCCUCCUGAUCAUCGCUGUGAAGCUCUUCUACCCCUUUGAUGACGGGGAGGGGAGUACCGAUGGCCUAACGAAUGUGAAGAGGUACCCGUUCUCGUGGCGUGAUCCUGCAGCGCAGAUUAUGAAUUGGGAGGCGUGGAGGGUGUUUCAGGGGGAGGAAAAGGGGAAGGGGAAGAGGAAGGAGAAGGAGAGGCAGAUUGGAGUUCGAGCUGGGAAUGUGUUUGGGAUGAAUGAGGAAGAGAUUGAUAAGUAUUUGGAUUGGUAUGAAGGAAUGUUCGCGGGGAGGGGAACCUCGAAUCCGUUUACGGACAUGUUCCCAACAAGCCGAACGGGUCCUGACAACAACAGCAAUGAAACAGCACCUGCGCAGACGCAGCAAGGACAGCAACAACAACAACAACAAGAAGAAGAAGAAGAAGACACCCUACUCACAACAGCACUCCACAACGUUCUCGGCGAGCUACGGAUUCGUCGUGCAAUCAGCGUGGGCCCUACAAACGAUGCCGCCGAACAACAAAAAGCCCAAGCCAAGUCCUCCGCUGCCAUUCCAGCCACAGUCCCCCGUCCAGGGAGCUUUUACAAACGCUACCGGACGGAAGAGCAGCUGAAUGAGCGGGCUAGAGCUUUCUACGAGGCGGCUGCGAGGGUUAUUGGGGUUUCGUUGCGGACGGUGGUUAUUGGGGUGUAUCAUACGGAGAGGAGGAUUAGGGCUAGAUGGGUUGGUGGGAAUGGCAUGGAGGGGGUUAGCGAGGGGGAGGAUGAAAAUGAGAGUGGUGGAGGGGAGUGCGGUGGAAAUGGGGAAAGUAAUGGGGAUGUGAUGGAGAAGGUGGAUGAGGAUGAGGAUGAGGAUGAGGAUGAGGAUGAGGAUAUGGGGGAGACAGGUAGGUAA